AUGCCCUCCAACGCCGCUCAGCAGAACAUCUGGAAGCAGAUGAACUACACCCCUCCGCGCGGGCCCUGCAACCACAAGGAGUCUCUCUUAUCUCCCAAAUGCCCUUGUCUGCGCUUUAUGCUACACCCGCUAAAGGUCACAUCCUCCUUCUCCUGCGACGGCUGCGGCCACCACGCCUCCUUCCACAACAUGGCCUCCCCCGCCGACGACGCCGUCAUUGCGCGCUGGACCUCCGAGCAGCCCACCAGCACCACCCCAGCCGAGCCUGCGCCGCGCUCCCGCAAACGGCCGCGCCGCGCCCUCCUCGAAGCCGGCCCGUCCGUCACCAACGGCAGCGUCGUCUCCGCCCCUUCCGCCUCCGCCCCCAGCCCCACCGAGGCCGAGACCGACGCCUUCGACGCGUCGUUCCUGUUCAGCGAGGACGUGGAGUGGGUGGGGAACGGCGGGAGCAGUGAAGCUGGGGGCAGCAGCAGUAGGAUGGCACAGCGGCAGGGCAGCAAGACGUGGGGCGAUCGGUUCAGCAGCUGGAGCUUCGGGCGCGCUGCGGCUGAGGAGCCGGUCAAGACGCCGCCGAAGCGCCAGGAUACUACGAAGAGGAAAAAGAGUGGACGGCAGCAGCCACGGCACAUACGGGAUGAAGAGGAUGAGGUGAGGAGUGAGAUUGUGGAUCUGGACUGA